AUGUCUACUUCAGCUGCUGUUGAUGCAGCCUGCAUCUUCUGCAAGAUCAUCAAAGGUGAAAUUCCAUCUUUCAAGUUGAUCGAGACAAAGCACUCGUUCUCCUUCUUGGACAUUCAACCCACAACCGAAGCCCACGUUUUGGUUAUCCCCAAGUACCACGGCGCCAAAUUGCACAACGUCCCAGAUGAAUAUUUGGCUGACAUCUUGCCCGUCACCAAGAAACUGGCCAUCGCAUUGGAUCUAGCCGUGGAAUCGCCCGAAGGUGUGGGCUACAACGUGCUGCAAAACAAUGGUCGUAUUGCCCACCAGGUUGUCGAUCACGUACAUUUCCAUUUGAUCCCCAAGAGAAACGAAGAAACAGGAUUGAUCGUCGGAUGGCCGGCCAUCGACACCAAUUUCGAAAAGUUGGGCCAAUUGCACAAGGAAUUACUCAAGAAACUUGAAAAUUGA